CAUCUGUUUGAUAUUAAUUCUGUAUAUAUGCACUUGAAAGAUAAGAAGAGUUACAUAAUAUAACAAAUAUUUAAUUUUCUAUAUACAUUUGUAGGGUGAGAAUAUUCUUUUAAUUAAAUAUGAGCCUCAAAUUUGCGAGUAAUCUGUCUUUUAUGUUUACGGAGGCACCAUCUAUUACUGAAAGAUAUAGAUUAGCAAAAGAGGCUGGUUUUAAAGCAGUAGAAAGUGGAUUUCCUUUUGGUUACUCUGUUAAAGAUGUAUCAGAAGCUAGAAAAAAGGCAGAUAUUGAGCAAAUUCUUAUAAAUGUAUAUACAGGAGAUGUCACGAAAGGGGAACUGGGAUUUGCAGCAAUACCUGGACAAGAAGAAAAUUUUAAAAAAAGUAUUGAUACCACUAUAGAAUAUUCAAAAGCUUUAAAUUGUUUGCGGAUUCAUAUAAUGUCAGGAAAAGUAAAUCAAAUAAGUACUACUAAUGAUAGUACAUAUUUAAAUAAUCUUCUGUACGCAGUGGAGAAAUUUGAAAAAGAAAAAAUAAUUGGUGUUAUUGAACCUAUCAAUAAUAUUACUGUACCAGAUUAUUAUAUGAAUAGUUUUCAAAAAGGCUUAGAAUUAGUAAAAACAAUUAAUAGCCCGUUUUUAAAAUUACAACUUGAUGUUUUUCAUCUGCAACAUAUUUCUGGUAAUAUUACAAGAAACAUCAAAGAAUUAAUGCCAUAUAUAGGACACGUACAGAUAGCACAAGUUCCUAAUAGACAUGAACCUGAUACACCAGGAGAAAUAGAUUACAAAUAUGUUCUUGCUACUUUAGAACAAGAAGGAUACAAUGGAUAUAUUGGUUUAGAAUACUUUCCUAAGUCAUCUUCAAGAGAAGGAUUAAGUUGGAUACAAAAAUAUGGUUACAAAUUGUAACAUAGAGCCAUAACCACUUAAUUUUUUUUAAAUUGUUCAAGAAAAGAAUAAAGCAUUCCCACUGAUGAUUA